GGGAGCUGCUGCACUACACUGAACACGGUGUUAACCCACAAUCCCUCUCCGCAUCACCAAUAUCUCCAUCAUACUACUCGUCGACUAUUGUCUCUUCAUCCUCCUCCAUCUUCAAUCUCUCCUCCGGCUCCCCCUCCAUCUCCUCCUAUCACUCCUCAUCUUGUCUAUCCUCUUGCUCUUACUCUUCCUCGUCUCCCUCCUCCUCCUUCUCCUCCAAGUCCGGCUCCUGCUUAUGCUCCUCUUCAUGUUCUUGCUUUAACUUAUCCUCAUGCACAUCAUCAUCGUCUAAUUCAACAUCAUCACUGUCAUUA